CGAACGCAAACGCAAACGCCUACCACCGAGAAAUACGCUGUCCUCCUCCUCUCUGUCUCUGUCUCUCUCUCUCUCUCUUCUCGAAAUUUCCUGCUUCUCGAAAAGCCUCCGCUUAAACAAAACUUAGAAUAGAUACUUCCCGAAAAAAGGAAAAGAGUUUGAAAUAGGAAAAAAAGGAAGGGAACGCCUCAAAACGAUCCCAAACCCUAGAAAUCACGCGGGUCUCCUUUAACGGGUUUGUCGAUCAGUUAUUGAUGAUUUCCGUUAUUUGAUCGCAUUUUACAUAAACUGCUUCUCUAAAAUUUUUCUGACCUUUAUAAAGAGAGGACAUGGCACUCUUCGGAGAAUUUUGGUGAUAUUUGACCUAGUUGGUCCAUACCCUUGUGGGUUAAAUUUACUGAAAAAUUUUAAAUUUUGGGUUUCACACGAAUCUAUUCUUCUCAUAGACUUUGGCGGUCCGUUGCCACAACUACAUCAUGGUAACCACUGCUGCAACUUCUGCAUUUCUCCCAAUAGCUUCUCCAGCUUCAGACUCCUCUGGAAAAACAUUGGGAAAGGUUGGAGGAAGUAUUCCUGCAAAUGUUGAUGCUCGUGGAACUAGUGCUAAAUCAAAAUCCUCAUCUUCAGGAAAAUUACGGGUUAAUGCCAAUGCACAAGCUCCUCCUAAGGUUAAUGGGACUAAGGUUGGAGUUAUAGAUGGUCCUAAGGCUGAGGAUGAGGUGGCCGUGUCACCUCCCCCACGGACAUUUAUUAACCAAUUGCCUGACUGGAGCAUGCUCCUUGCUGCCAUUACUACAAUAUUUUUGGCUGCAGAGAAGCAAUGGAUGAUGCUUGAUUGGAAACCAAAACGGCCAGAUAUGCUUGUUGAUCCUUUCGGCUUGGGGAGGAUUGUGCAGGAUGGAUUGGUAUUUCGUCAAAACUUCAGUAUUAGGUCAUAUGAGAUAGGGGCCGAUCGGACUGCUUCGGUAGAGACACUGAUGAAUCAUUUGCAGGAAACAGCUCUAAACCAUGUAAAGAAUGCUGGCCUGCUUGCUGAUGGCUUUGGUUCAACACCAGAGAUGUGCAAAAGAAACUUGAUUUGGGUAGUUACUAAAAUGCAGGUUCUUGUGGAUCGUUAUCCUACAUGGGGUGAUGUUGUUCAGGUAGAUACCUGGGUAGCUGCAUCUGGGAAGAAUGGUAUGCGUCGAGAUUGGCUUGUGCGUGAUAGCAAUACUGGCGACAUACUAACUCGGGCUACAAGUUUGUGGGUGAUGAUGAAUAAAGAGACGAGGAGAUUAUCAAAAAUUCCGGAUGAGGUUCGAGAAGAAAUAGGUGGCUAUUUUGUUGAUUCUCCACCUAUAGUGGAUGAUGAUAGCAGGAAGCUACCAAAGCUUGAUGAUAACACUGCAGACUAUAUCCGUACUGGUUUGACUCCUAGAUGGAGUGACUUAGAUGUGAACCAACAUGUGAAUAACGUAAAAUAUGUUGGUUGGGUUCUUGAGAGUGCUCCAUUACCAAUCUUAGAGACUCAUGAGCUUGCUGGUAUGACUCUGGAGUAUAGAAGGGAGUGCAUGAGAGACAGUGUGUUGCAGUCCCUCACUGCCGUUGUGGAUAAGGGUGUUGGGGAUCUGGCAAAUUCUGGUUUUGUUGAGUGUCAGCAUUUGCUUCGAUUGGAGGGUGGUGGUGAAAUUGUCAAGGGAAGGACACAGUGGAGGCCCAAAUAUGCUGACAGGAUCGGGAGCUGGGGAGAGCUCCCAGCAGAGAGUGCUUAGUGCCAUGUCUUCCCUGAAAAGGUGGUACUCUUUCUUGCUGUGUAGUAGAAUACUGCUUGUGCUCAAUCAUUUUACUUUGUCCAUCCAUGUAAUAUCCAGUCUAAUUUAUGUUUUCUUUUUUCUUUUUUUUUCCCCUGAUUCUUAGUAAUUUUUUUAUUCCUUAAAGAUACAGUCAGUUUUUAAGUCAUUGUAAGUACCUCCCUCUUUCUGUCUCGGCCGUCAUUUAAUAUCCAGCUGCCCCCAACUAAGGGAUGUACCCUCAGCUGAUGUAUUUUCUAGCUACUAUUUAAUGUUUGCAAGGAAAGUUUGGUGAAUGGUGGUUCAUUUUCA